AUGUGUAAAGCACUGCAAGGACUUUCUGGAGGCUUUAAGAUUGGUGGGAAGACCAUCAACAAUCUCCAGUAUGCUGAUAAUAUUGUCCUAUUGGCCAUGUCAUCAGAAGAGUUGCAAGAUCUGUUGUACCAGGUUGAGAGUGCAGCAAAAACAAAAGUAAUGACGAAUAUUGAUGAAGUGCUCGAGAUCUCAGUGGAAGGCGGAAGGCUGGAACAAGUGGACAACUUUGUAUAUUUGGGAAGUACAGUUAAGAACAAUGCAGAGUGCAUGGGAGAGGUCAAAUCGAAAUUGGCCAUGGGCAUUGUGUUUACAUACAAGGUGUUUGUGCUGCUGCUAAAGUACCUUCAACUCUCAGCCAUGUUCCUUCCAGUGUGGCACAACAUUUUAUUGGGGCUGACAGUCAUGCUACUGAAUGCAGGUGGCAGUGAUGGAGAUUCUCUCAUAACCCACAGCUCCAAUAACUCUCUCUGUGUCAGCCAAAAUACAACAGGAACAGUGUGGACAAUAUCAAUACCGAAUUCAUACACUCUCCUUGGACUGAGUGUGGUGGGCUUCCUGAUGCUCCUCUCUUUGGCUUGUCACUGCAUAAUAUGUACUAUCAUUAUGUCCAGAAAAGCUGAACGUACAGCUCCUGUUCGUCACAACAAGGACAAAGAAUGGACCACAGUGGCAGGUGAAGAGGAAUUGUGGUACACCACAGUGACGUUCACAGGAGCGGCCAAAGACUCUGAUCAUGUGACGAAGUUUGAUCCAAAAUCCGAAUACGCCACAGUGGUCAUUAACACACCAGACCACAGCACAUCACAACUGGACCAUGUGGAUAAUGUUGACAAGUCCAAUGACAUUUGUAUUGAAGACUGAAACAUUUGCUAAUUCAACUGUUUUUUUAGAUUUCUUUUUACAUGUUACCUUUUAAAAUUUUUAUAGGCUAUGUGUCUAACUUUUUCUAUGUAUAAUCUUUUCUCCUGCAUGACAAUAAUGCAAAUUACAGUA